AUGGCGUCAAUCUCCGCCGGUUUCUGGCGCUCCACUUUCAAUUUAUCGCGGCAUUUUCCUUCCUCUCUGAUUUCUUCUCGACCCUCGUUCUCGCGAGCUCGAUUUUCUCGCUCGUCCGCCGCCAUGGAUUCCGGCGACGAUCUCAGAUCGAAGUUUAUGGAGUUCCCGUACGUCUCUGGCUCCCACAGGGCCCUUAUGGUGGACAUAUUAUCCACUGUAGAAACCCGCCUUGGAUCCUCGCUCGAGAGUUGUACUCUGCCUCCCGACGUACAACAGUUCGAAAACUCCACCGGCUCUGCCCGUGGGUCGCUCCAUCUCAGAUCCGGUCUCCCUUCUUCUCAGAUAGAUUUUGUACUGGGAGGUUGGAUCCACUGUGAGCUCCCGUCUGGCGAGGCCCUCAACAUCACAACCCUCUCGGCAUACCUAAAACCCUCGACCGACGCUCCGCAUUUCCUCCUCGACCUCAUCCAGAUCGGGCCCACGUCCCUUGUCCUUAUCCUGGACCUGACCCCACGCAAGGACCUCAUCCUCUACCCGGACUACCUCAAGAAAUACUACGAGGACACGAACCUAGACAGGCACAGAGUCCACAUCCACGGCCUGCCCGAGGCAAAGCCAUACCAUUCGCCCUCACUCUACGUGCGGGCAGUCCUUUCCCCGACUGCGAUUUUGGUAUCGGUUGGUGCAGAAAGGAGUGUCGAGGAUGUGAUAAGGGACCACGUGUGGCCCGUUGCUCGUGAGGUGUUGGAUUUUUGGAUUGGGUCGUGCUUGUGUGCGGUGGGGAACGUGGGGGCAAAGGAGAGGGACUAUUUGGCGAGGAGGGAUGGGAUUAUUAAAAGGACGACGGUCGAGGUGGAUCUUGGGUCGAGCUUUCCGAGGUUGUUCGGGCAAGAAGUGGCAGAUAGGGUUUUGGGUGUUUUGAGUGGAUAUUAUGGUAAAUGA